UAUGUGCCCAUGCUUGCGUGUUGCGCCCCUGCCGCUCUGCCUACAUACAUCAAACCUUUCAAACCUGUGCUAUGUAUCUCUUAAGCUAAACAGCUGUACGCACUCCUAAUAUAUUCUCUGCGUAUUGAUUAUCGUGGGCCGUCACCUGGAGUACAUUCGACAUGCUGUGACACCAAGUUACUGAAGAAUGCGCUACAACUCGGAGAAGACCUUGACAAAGUGCUGCUGAUCGCUGGAAGCUUGGAAUCGCCGGACGUCCGUUGGCUGGCGCAGCAAAUAUAUGAUUGACUGGUCGAAGUCAGAAAUUGUGAGCUUAAUGUCUGGCUAAAAGCAUUCUCAAACGCUCGUGUGUCAUGUGGUACCGGCAAAUAUGAGCGCGGCUUUGACAACACGCUCCGUGCCUGCAUGAGCUUGACAUGAAAGCCACCGAGACAUGAACAAUCCUCCCCCGAUCCUACCAAGGAGGCCGCAACCACUUGCCCCCUCUGGCACAGAUCAGAGCGUUUCUCCUCCAAUCUCCCUUGACACCAAAGUCCCAUGUCGCGCUCUUUCAUUCAAAGCACCUAAAAAAGACAUGGCAUCGUCAGAGCCUUCGAGCUUGAGAUAUGUUCCAGAUAGCUCCUUGCCCACAUCAGAAGUUGUGCUGGAGCCACCCUCAGCACAGCCUUGCUCAUCUCACAUUCAGAAGCCAAUGGCACAGCAGUUCACAAACCCAAUAUAUUUGCUUAUGGAUGACAAAAUGGAAGCUCCUGCCAAUGUGGAACAAGCACCUAGAGCAAAUCGUGGGCCAGAUGUCAGCGAUACUGACUCUAUAAUGUUUCUGAAAAGAAACAGGCCAAAGCUUCAGCGCCAAAAGUGUGAGGAGGUCCCCAGCUCACCACAGUUACCACCCUCACUUUUUCCUCACAUUUAUGAGGAUGUACCUCAGGGGGUUCUGGAGAAAAAUCGAAAGCUCAUUGCCGACCAGGAGGCUCGUGGUCCGAGCACCGUUGAAUCUCUUCCUGAUCAUUCGAGUGCCAAAGAUGAAAGCUCAAAAACUCCACCAGUAACUCCACAGGGCUCUCCUCAGGAGUUUGUAAAGCCAGUACGUGAUGUGAGUGUAUUUUGGAACCAGCCUCAGCUGUCACUUUCAGGUGUUUUCUACGAGUUUCCUGUCCAUCGAUCUCCUCCAAACAAGCAAGAGCUGAUGUCACCAACCUACGACACACCCCCUAGCCUCAGGAAGCAAAUCUCAUUGACUGACAGUGAAUAUGAGAAUGUUGCAUUCAAAACACCUCCGUCGUAUGAAAUUCCACCUCCGCCACUUCCUGUCACUUGUGACACAUCGAUAUCGAAGGAAAGCAAGCUCUUGGAGGACAGUGAUCCUAAAUCUCCACUGGCUGCAUGCACAGUGCACGAAGACUCACUUUUACCUUCUUCAGCACACAUGCUCUACGAAGUACCCAAACCUUUCCCAAGGCCUUGCAUUUCCCCUCCUGAAAACACUUUCGUUUUCCCAGAUCCAUCUGAACUCUACGACAUCCCGCCGCAAAGAGCAGCUUUUCCUUCACUAUCUGAUUCACCCAAAGACUCAGAUUUCAUGGAUGCUUUUGAUGUUUUUUCAUCAGAUGAUAUUGAAUCUGAAUAUUUGCCGUUAAUAACUCCUCCGCCAUCCUACCCACCUCCGCCACCUCCUGAGCCAGAGCCCCCUGAAAUACCCCCUAGGAACAACGCUGCUGUUGCAUUGCCGGCAGCAAAAUGCCUCUUUGAACCCCAGGUCCCAAUUCCAGCUGUUAGGACCUCACUUGCAAAGCGGAACCAAGUUGACCAGCAGCCAAGAUGUUCCACGCCUCUCUCAAACUCCACAGAUGAAGGAAAGGCCAGUCCUCAUACUAAAACGGCAUCUACAUUUUAUCGUGCUCUUCUCCCAAGCCAGCACCCUGUCCCAGCUGCCUUCAAGGCUGACUUCGAACAAAGCCCAACCCCAUCCCUAAGAAGUACUUCCUCGAAUGCUCCCCAGAGUGCACCAGAUUCCCCGCAAUUUGAAAGCCUACUUGGACGCAGAGCUUUCACUGAUGUGAGUGAUCGCUCUCCCUCUAGACAAGAUACCACAUCUGCGACAAGUGACUCCUCUUCACUGCAGUCCGAAGAUUGCUGGACUACAGACAAGCUGGACUUCUCUGGAUAUGUUUACAAGGCUGGAUCAAACCGUAAAGGAUUCCAGAAAUGCUGGUGCACACUUAAUGAUGGCUGUUGGAGCUACUAUGCGUCAGACAAGGACACCAUUCCUUUGGGCGCUUUGGCACCUCAAGACAUCGGGGCAGUUUUUGCUGUAGCUGGAAACGAACCGAGCCCAGCUACGUCCACUGUGCCCAACCUGUGGUGCUUCGAGAUCCAAGCGCUGCAGUCACAGAACCGACCCCUUUUGCUGGGCGUGCCAACGCUGCCCGAGCGAAGGGAGUGGCUUGAGCGACUUGCACGUCUGGUGGCUCCGCAGACAAGCAGUGGCCUAAGUGCACGUCAGUUGCAUGGGGAGCCCAAGCAUGCUGGCCGGCUGCACCUCAAGGAAGGCACCACUGGCUUCUGGCAGAUGGCAGGCGUUGUGCUUCGCGGGCGAUCCCUUGGCAUCCACCUUCCAGGGAAUGUGGAGCAGAUUGAUUUGCGCAAGGUCAUGUCUGUAGGCAAGGUCACUGCUGAUCAGACCUACUUGACCUAUGGAGGGGCUCAGGAGCGAGGUCCUUCGUUCCAAGUGAGGAUCCCUGGAAGGGUACUUUACCUUCAGGCGGACCACCCGAAGCAUACAGAGUCGUGGCUCGCAUCUGUCACUGCAGCGUGGCAGACGCCUCUAGAUGCACCCCUGUCUGAGCAAUACAUCACCCAAGAAGGCAUCCCUGUGGCUGUAGACCGCUGCAUCAAUUUCAUCAGCACGCAUGGCACCCUGCUGACUGGUAUCUACCGGCUCGCUGGUUCAAGUGCCAAGAUCAAGAAACUAGUGGAACACAUGUUGCAAAAUCCUUGGGAGCUGCACCUGACAACUGAGGAGUACUCACCACACGAUGUUUCCAAUGCCUUGAAGCGUUACUUGAGGAGCUUCAAGGACUGCCUCCUGACAAGCUGUUUGUUCAAUAACUGGAUUCAGUCAAGCAAGUGCCAAAAUCCAGCAGAAAGGAAGAAGAUGGUGAAGAACCUGUUGAAUGAGCUCCCAACAGUGAACUACUUGUUGCUGAAGAAGUUAACCAGCCACCUCAAGAGCAUCAGCGAUCACAGUGACAAGAAUUUCAUGCCUGUGCUCAACCUGGCACCCUGUGUUUGGACCGUCGGUGCUUUACAAGAUGGUCGGAGACCUCGAAACCGAGUCACCAACCAGCUCCAGCUUUGAGAGAACAAUGCCUCCAUGGAUGUUGUUGCUGACCUCAUUUCUGGUUAUUCCUGGUUCUUCGAGGUGGAUGCUGCCGAGAUGGAAAAGGAGAAACGAAUUCAGGCAGCCAUGGAUCUCCUUAGGGAAGCAAAAAUUGCUCAGAGACCAGCUGGUGACAUUCUAGUCGGUGUGUACGUCUACAGCAAAGAUUGGGGUCACUGCAUCAAUGUCAAGCUCUCUCCUGCCAUGACAGCAGGUGCUUUGUGCAAGCACACCAUGCAGCAACUGAAUAUCAAGGAGCCCGUCAACAAAAUGGCUGUCUUUGAAGUUGUCUGUGAUCAAGAUCUGGAACGGCCCUUACAUCACAGUGAGCCUGUCCUCUCUGUCGUAGUUCGCUGGGCCAACUGGGAUGCAUCGUUUGCCAAGUCCAAUUACCUUUGUAUCAAAAACAACUAUGUCUAUGAUGAAAUAGCACCUCUCGUAUCGAAUCGUCAGCCACUGUCUGUGUUCAGUGAGCUUCGCUAUGCCGAGGCUCGUCAGAAGAGCUUCAAAAAAUCUGUCCUUGAGUUUACAGGUGGCAAGAUAACGCAGUACAAAGAUUCAAAGGCUAGUCAGCUUGUGAACCAAUGGAACAUUGAGGACGUCCUCUGGUUCAUGGGAUGCGAAUCACGGCGGAGCCCACCUUCCAAGUGGAAUUUUACAUUUGUGAUGCGUCAAGGAGACAUAAAGAGGACGAGGGACCGUCCAUUCUUUGGCAACUGUGUGAGCCUGGCCACCCAGGAGGAAUUUGAGAAGUGGCUGGCGGCUAUGCUGAAUGCUGAGUUCCCCAAAGUAUGCAGUCUUUAUAGUUUCAGAUCUGGAAUUCCAAUUUUCUGGAUGGAGUGAAGAUGUUCUCUGAAUUUUGCCAGCUUUAUUUGCUGUUAAAUAAAAGAAGUCAGCAACAAUAGACCAUUGUAGCCUUCAUUUG